UCAUUAUUUACUGUCUCUUUCUCUUGAUGUUUACAAAAAGAAUUUGUAAAAUUUUUCCUUUUAAUUUUUAAAAAACCAUAACUUGAAACAUUUGUUCUAAAAUAAUUUAAGAAUUAAAUUAGUGACUGAAAUUUACAAUUAAUCAAUUUAAUUAUUAAGUCCAGCUAAAAAAAGCUAUAAAAUGACAUUUUUGGACAAAGAAAAACGUGAAAUAUGUUGGAAUAACAGAGAUGUAUAUUGGAACUGUCUUGAUAAAAAUGAAGAUUCAGAAAGUUUAUGUGCACAAUUUAGAAAACAUUAUGAAAAAACCUGUCCAAUUCAAUGGGUGAAGCACUUUGAUAGGAGAAGAGAAUAUAAUAAAUUCAAGGAAGAAAUGGAAAAAACUGGAAAGGUACCAAAUUUUCCACAAAAAGAGAGUCUUAAAUCUUAAAUAAUAAUUAGUUAAUUGUAAUAUAAACAAUAAAGUUGUAACAUAUUUUAAUUUAACAGAAAAUUAUAAAUAUACGUUAAGCGUAAUUAAAAAGAAAAUGUCUUAUAAUUAA